UAACAAAGUUUGAGACGGAUUUCCUCGUCAGCUGCCUGUCAGCAGCAAUGUAAACAUUUCAUUCAUGUGCGGUGGACUUGCCUACAGAAGUGACUGUGGGAACCUCUGAUGUUGCUCUGUGAGCAUGGCCUCAACCUCCAGUUUUGCCCCUCCAAAACUAGCAGACUUCAUCCUGACAGAGCGCCUGGGCAGCGGCACGUAUGCUACUGUCUACAAAGCCUACAGAAAGGGGAACAGUCGAGAAGUGGUGGCAGUGAAAGUUGUAGGGAAGAAAACUCUCAACAAGGCCUCAACAGAAAACCUUCUCACAGAGAUUGAAAUCUUGAAGACUGUGCGUCAUCCUCAUAUAGUCCAACUCAAAGACUUCCAGUGGGAUGGGGAGAACAUCUAUUUAAUCCUGGAAUGGUGUUCAGGUGGAGAUCUCUCCCGGUUUAUUCGCAGUCGCAGGAUUUUGCCUGAGAGUGUGGCUCGGCGCUUCCUGCAGCAGAUAGCCUGCGCUCUUCAGUUUCUUCAUGAACGGAAUAUCUCACACUUGGAUUUGAAGCCCCAGAAUAUUCUACUGAGCGGCUCGGUCCUCAAACUGGCAGAUUUUGGGUUUGCCCAGUACAUGUCACCGUGGGAUGAGAAGAGUGUGCUGAGAGGCUCUCCUCUCUACAUGGCUCCUGAGAUGGUGUGCCGACGCCAGUAUGACUCUAGAGUGGAUCUGUGGUCAGUCGGCGUCAUUCUUUACGAGGCUCUGUUUGGACGAGCUCCAUUUGCAUCAAAGUCAUACGCUGAACUGGAGGAGAAAAUACGAAGCAAUCAACCAGUCGAGCUCCCUCCCGGGGCCCGAGUCUCCAAGGACUGCAGAGACCUUCUGCUGAGGCUGCUYGAGCGAAAUCCAGAUGCCCGGAUCACCUUUGAGGAGUUCUUCACUCACCCUUUUUUGGAUAUGGAGCACAUGCCAAGCGCAGACAGCAUAGUGAAAGCAAAAGAGCUGGUGCUGCAGGCUGUGCAGAAGGACCAGGAGGGGGAGCGCUCCGAAGCACUGUCUUUCUACUGCAGUGCCCUCGAGCACUUCGUCCCCGCCAUUCACUAUGAGAUGGACCGACAGCGCAAAGAUGCUCUCAGGGAGAAGGUCAGGCAGUAUGUGUCGAGAGCUGAGGAACUGAAAGCCCUUCUCGCUUCGGACAACAAGCGGAGCUUCGAGGAGGCUAAGACAUCCAGAGAUGUUCUCCGAGAAAUGUCUAAAGACCAACCUCGUCUCUUGGCUGCCUUGGAGAUGGCCUCUACAGCUAUUGCCAAGGAGGAGAAUGAAUCAGAUGAUCUGGAAGCUUUGGAUAUGUACCAGCAAUGCUUAGGAGAGCUACUGUUGGCAUUAGCAGGCCUGGUUCAUGAGCUCAUCUGGGAGAUCAGCCUAAUGGAAGAGGUGGAACAGAGUCAUCCAGAUGUGGCUUUGAGCUGGGAUGAGACCGGCUGCCAGUGCCCUGUGUGUGGUAUGAAAGCCCUGCCAUCUGCUUCCACUUCAGACACCAUAUUUCAACUGUGUGUGUUACUGAAACCUGGAGACAAACAAAAACUAUUAUCCCAGUUGCCACAACUUUAUUGCUUAAAUGUGUUGCGGGGAUGAAACUGGAGAAACUCUUUAUGUAAGCAGGAGUAUAACAUCAAAUUAGAUGUGCUAAGAAAGGUCUCCAGGUUGUCUAUGGAGAAGCAAUUCCUGUUUCCCCCACUGUCAGGGCGCGUCGUUGUGCAGCAGAUUCCACCACAGUGAUUGUUGGGGAGAAAACAUUGGUUCUUUGUUCACCCAAAAGCUCUUUGCUGUUCAGCUCCCCAGUGCACCUCCCUGCCACAGAKCCCUCCUCCUUUUUCUCCUCUUUCUGCCACUCUACCCUCCAGCACAACCGACUGUGAAAACAAUGGCCUAGAUUAGAACAAUUUCCACUUCUUCAGCCUCCAGUCAACACGCUAGUGAAAUCCAAUCUAGUAGUUCGCCUCUUCGUGAACAAAAAUGAUUAGGUACUCGACUCCCCUCCUAUUUUAGUUUCAUUAUUUCUCUGCUCUUCUUGUUGUUGUUUUUUUUUAUCCCCCUCUCUACUCG